CCUGCUAUGGGCUUCCUGCUGCAGCUUCUCCUCCUGGCCUUGGUCUUCCCACCAGGGCAGGCCUCGUGGGGCGUCUCCAGCCCCCAGGAAGUGCUGGGCGUGAAGGGGUCUUGCCUGGUCAUCCCCUGCGUCUUCAGCUUCCCUGCCGACGUGCAGCUGCCCGACGGCAUCACAGCCAUCUGGUACUACGACUACUGGGGCAAUCGGCAGGUCGUGGUCCACACGGGGGACCCCAAGCUGGUGGAGGCGCGCUUCCGCAACCGCGCCCAGCUGUUGGGGCACCCCGAGCACAAGGUGUGCAACCUGCUGCUGAGGGACCUGCAGCCCGAGGACUCCGGCUCCUACAACUUCCGCUUUGAGAUCAGUGAGAGCAACCGCUGGUUAGAUACGAAAGGCACCUCGGUCACGGUGACAGAGAAGCCCAGGGCGCCCACCAUCGCCUACCCGGCAGAGCUUCUCGAGGGCACACAGGUGGACUUCAACUGCUCCACGCCCUACGCGUGCCAGCCGGAGCAGAUCAGCCUGCAGUGGCAAGGCCAGGACGCCACUCGCUCUGUCACCUCCAGUCUCCAGAACCUUGAGCCCACCGGCAUCAUCCACAUGGAGACCCUCCGCGUGGCCCUGUCCUGGCAGGACCACGGCCGGACCCUGCGCUGCCAGCUCUCAGUGGCCGACCACAGGACUCAGGAGGAGAUUCACCUCCAAGUGCAGUAUGCCCCCAGGGGCGUGGAGAUCUUCCUCAGCCCUUCAGGGCGGAACAUCCUUCCAGGUCAUCUGGUCACACUCACCUGCCAGGUGAACAGCAGCUAUCCCAGGGUCAGUUCCGUUAAGUGGCUCAAGGAUGGGGAGCAACUCCAAGCCGAGAGUCUGGUGCUGCAGUUGCCCCGGGCAGCCUGGAGUGAUGCUGGCGUCUACACCUGCCAAGCUGGGAAUGGCGUGGGUUCUUCAGCCUCACCCCCCCUCAGCCUCCACGUCCUCAUGGCUGAGGUCCAGGUGAGCCCAGCAGGCCCCCUCGUGGAGAACCAGACGGUGACAUUGGUCUGCAGCACACCCAAAGAGGCGCCCAGCAAUCUCCGCUACAGCUGGUACAAGAACCAGGUCCUGCUGGAGGAUGUCCACUCCCCCACCCUCCAGCUGCACUCGGCCACCAGGGCCGACACCGGCUUCUACCUCUGCGAGGUGGGGAACGCCCAGGGCAGCGAGCGCUCAGGCCCUGUCAGCGUGGUGGUCAGCCACCCUCCCCUCGCCCCGGACCUGACUGCCUUCCUGGAGACGCAGACAGGGCUUGUGGGCAUCCUUCACUGCUCUGUGGUCAGUGAGCCCCAGGCCACGCUGGUGCUGUCCCACGGGGGCCUUAUCCUGGCCUCCACCCUCGGGGAGAGUGACUACGGCUCACGCUUCAGGGUCUUCUCUGCUCCCAACUCCCUGCGCCUGGAGAUCCGAGACCUGGAGCCGGCUGACAGCGGGGAGUACGAGUGCUUGGCCACCAACUCCCUUGGAAAUGCGACCUCCACCCUGGACUUCCGUGCCAAUGUGGCCCGCGUCCUCCUCAGCCCGGCAGCAGAGGUGGUGGAGGGGCAGGCGGUGACGCUGAGCUGCAGGAGUGGCCUGAGCCCCGCGCCGGACACCCGCGUCUCCUGGUACCUGAAUGGAGCGCUGCUUCUCGAGGGGCCCCAGAGCAGCCUCCUGCUCCCUGCGGCCUCCAGCAGCGACGCCGGCUCAUACCACUGCCGGGCCUGGGACGGCCAUAGCGCCAGUGACCCCUCAUCGCCUGCCGUCCUCACCGUGCUCUACGCCCCGCGCCGGCCCACGUUCACCACCCGGCUGGACCCCGAUGCUGCUGAGGCCGGGGCUGAACGGCGAGGCCUCCUCUUGUGCCGCGUGGACAGCGACCCCCCAGCCCUGCUGCGGCUGCUCCACAACGACCGUGUUGUGGCCACUUCCCUGCCAUCGGAGGGUGGUUGCAGCACCUGUGGGGGCUGUUCCCCACGCAUGAAGAUCACCAAAGCCCCAAACUUGCUGCGCGUGGAGAUUGGAGACCCAGUGCUGGAGGAUGAGGGCGUGUACCUCUGCGAGGCCAGCAACACCCUGGGCAACGCCUCCGCCGCGGCCACCUUCAAUGCCCAGGCCACAGUCCUGGUGGCCGCACCAUCGGACACGCUGCAGGAGGGCGCAGAGGCCAACCUGACCUGCAACGUGAGCCGGGAAGCCGCCGGCAGCCCCGCCAACUUCUCCUGGUUCCGGAAUGGGGUGCUGUGGGCCCAGGGCCCGCUGGAGACCAUGACACUGCUGCCUGUGGCCAGGACCGACGCUGCCCUCUAUGCCUGCCGAAUCCUCACUGAGGCUGGUGCCCAGCUGUCUGCUCCCGUGGUCCUGAGUGUCCUCUAUCCCCCGGACCCUCCAAAGCUGUCGGCCCUGCUGGAUGUGGACCAGGGCCACAUGGUCGUGUUUGUCUGCACUGUGGACAGUCGCCCCCUUGCCCAGCUGGCCCUGUUCCAUGGGGAGCGCCUCCUGGCCACCAGCCUGGGACCCCAGCUCCCAUCUCGUGGCCGGCUCCAAGCCAAGGCCAUGGCCAACUCCCUGCAGCUAGAGGUCCGGGAACUGAGCCUUGAGGACUCUGGCAGUUACCGCUGCGAGGCUACAAAUGUUCUUGGAUCAGCCAACACCUCACUCUUCUUCAAAGUUCGAGGAGCCUGGGUCCAAGUGUCCCCAUCACCUGAGCUCCGGGAGGGCCAGGCCGUGGUCCUGAGCUGCCAGGUACCCACAGGAGUCCCUGAAGGCACCUCAUACCGCUGGUAUCGGGAUGGCCAGCCCCUCCAGGAGCCGACCUCAGCCAUGCUCCGCUUUGCGGCCAUAACUUUGGCACAAGCUGGGGCCUACCACUGCCAAGCCCAGGCCCCAGGCUUGGCCACCACGAGCCUGGCCGCCCCCGUCAGCCUCCACGUGUCCUACGCCCCACGCCAGGCCACACUUACCGCCCUGAUGGACACAGGCCCUGGGCGCCUGGGCCUCCUCCUGUGCCGUGUGGACAGCGACCCUCCAGCCCAGCUGCAGCUGACCCACGGGGACCACCUCGUGGCCUCCACCCUACAAGGUGUGGGGGAACUUGCAGGCAGCUCUCCCCGGCUGCAGGUGGCUGUGGCCCCCAACACACUGCGCCUGGAGAUCCACAAGGCGGUGCUGGAGGAUGAGGGCGUCUACACCUGCGAGGCCACCAACAUGCUGGGCAACGCCUCUGCCUCGGCCGACUUCAAUGCCCAGGCGGUGAGUGUGCAGGUGUGGCCUGGGGCCACCGUGCAGGAAGGACAGCUGGUGAACCUGACCUGCCUUGUAUGGACCACCCGCCUGGCCCAGCUCACCUACACGUGGGACCAGGAUGGGCAGCAGCGCCCGGGUGCCCGCUCCAUCCUCCUGCCCAACGUCACAGUCACAGAUGCUGCCUCCUACCGCUGUGGCGUAGGGCUCCCUGGCCAGGCACCCCACCUCUCCAGAUCUGUCACCCUGGACGUGCUCUACGCUCCCCGCAACCUGCGCCUGACCUAUCUCCUGGAGAGCCGUGGCGGGCAGCUGGCCCUGGUACUGUGCACUGUGGACAGCCGUCCGCCUGCCCAGCUGGCCCUCAGCCGUGCCGGCCGCCUCCUGGCCUCCUCGACUACAGCAUCUGUCCCCAACACCCUGCGCCUGGAGCUGCGGGAGCCACAGCUCAGCGACGAGGGUCUCUACAGCUGCUCCGCCCGCAGCCCUUUGGGCCAGGCCAACACGUCCCUGGAGCUGAGGCUGGAGGGCGUGCGAGUGAUCCUGGCUCCAUCGGCUACUGUCCCCGAGGGAGACCCCAUCACAGUGACCUGCGAGGACCCCGCUGCCCACCCACCCACCCUCUACGCCUGGUACCACAACGGCCGUUGGCUGCAGGAAGGGCCCGCUGCCUCGCUCUCGUUCCCAGCGGCCACACGGGCUCACGCAGGCGCCUACUUCUGCCAGGUGCAGGACGCACAGGGCACCCGCAGCUCCCGGCCUGCUGCUCUGCAAGUCCUCUAUGCCCCUCGGGAUGCUGUCCUGUCCUCCUUCCGGGACUCGAGGACCAGGCCCAGGGUCGUGGUACAAUGCACUGUGGACAGCGAGCCACCUGCUGAGCUGACCCUGUCUCGAAAUGGCAAGGUGCUGGCCACCAACUACGGGGUCCACAGCUCUGCGUCGGAGACAGGCCACGUCCGGGUGGCCCGCAACGCCCUGCAGUUGCAGGUGCAAGAUGUGCCCACGGGUGAUGACGACACCUAUGUUUGCACAGCCCGAAACUUGCUGGGCUCGGUGAGCACCAGUGGGCGGCUGCAGGUGGAAGGUGUUCGUGUGGUGGCGGAGCCAGGCCUGGACGUGCCUGAGGGCACAGCACUGAACCUGAGCUGCCGCCUCCUUGGUGGCCCCGGGCCCAUGGGCAACUCCACCUUUGCAUGGUUCCUGAAUGGCCGGCGACUGCACGCGGAGCCUGUGCCCACACUCGCCUUCACCCACGUGGCCCGGGCCCAAGCAGGGGUAUACCACUGCCGGGCUGAGCUCCCCACUGGGGCUGCCGCCUCUGCUCCAGUCAUGCUCCGUGUGCUCUACCCUCCCAAGACGCCCACCAUGACGGUCUUUGUGGAGCCUGAGGGAGGCCUCCAGGGAAUCCUGGACUGCCGAGUGGACAGCGAGCCCCUUUCCAGCCUGACCCUCCACCUUGGCAGUCGGCUGGUGGCCUCCAGCCAGCCCCAAGGCGCCCCUGCAGAGCCCCACAUCCAUGUCUCUGCCUCCCCCAAUGCGCUGAGGGUGGACAUCGAGGAGCUGAGGGCCAGUGACCAGGGGGAAUACGUGUGCUCUGCCUCCAAUGCCCUGGGCUCUGCCUCUGCCUCCACCUACUUUGGGGCCAGAGCUCUGCACCGCCUGCACCUGCUGCAGCAGCUGCUCUGGGUCCUGGGGCUGCUGGUGGGUGCCCUGUUCCUGCUGUUGGGCCUGGGCGCCUGCUACACCUGGAGAAGGAGGCGUUUUCACAAGCUGAGCACGGGCGAGAAUUCGGUGGAGAUGGCUUCUCAGAAAGAGACCACACAGCUCAUUGAUCCUGAUGCAGCCACAUGUGAGACCUUGUCCUGUGCUCCGCCCCUGAGCUGACCGUGGCACUGCCUGCCCUCAGGAGGACGAGGUUGCCACAUCUGUGAUGACUCGGCCGGUGAACAUCAGUGAGGCAGCGCUGGG